GCCACUUAAGAUUUCUGCUAUUCCUGCUUCUGUAGCAGCCUCAUGUCUGGCUUUUCCUGCCAUUAUAUCCAGGAUGAACUCGUAUCUGAUAACCCUGGAAACUUGCGCCGGGUUGGAUCUUACGAUCAAGCUUGAGUUUGCACUCGAGGCUUUAACCAAGGAUUCUGAUAACACAGAGGAGCAUCGAGCCCAGCAACUUCACGUGCAACGGGGUAUGGGGAAAAACUACGAGCGCCUCGAGUUUCUUGGGGACUGCUUUCUCAAGAUGGCUACCUCCAUUGCUCUUUUCUCACAAAACCCAGACGAUGACGAAUUCGACUACCAUGUCAGCCGAAUGUGUCUUGUCUGUAACAGGAACUUAUUCAACACUGCGGUACAGAAGGAACUCUACAAGUAUAUUAGGACUCAAGGUUUCUCUCGACACACAUGGUAUCCUGAUGGCUUGAGCCUCUUGCGGGGAAAGAACCACAGCAAGCAGAUGAGCUCGGAAAGUAAACAUGCACUCGGAGAGAAGACCAUCGCCGAUGUCUGUGAGGCGUUGAUCGGAGCAUCUCUGCUCACCGGGGGACCCCGGCAUCGAUUUGACAUGGCAGUAAAAGCAGUGACUGCUCUAGUAGACGAUGCGAGCCACAAAGUUACCUCCUGGAGGGCUUACCAGAGUCUAUACAGCAUGCCUAGAUAUCAAGUCCAGACCCCUGAUGGUUUCGAGCUUGAUUUGGCCCGACAGGUCGAGGAGAAGCUCGGUUACAGUUUCAAGUAUCCCCGGCUCUUGCGAUCCGCGUUCACACACCCUUCCCUGCCCUCCGCUUGGGCUAAGGUUCCCUGCUACCAGCGACUGGAGUUUCUUGGAGACGCUUUGCUUGACAUGGUCUGUGUCGAGAAUAUAUUCCACCGUUUCCCAGAUCGAGAUCCUCAAUGGCUCACCGAGCACAAGAUGGCGAUGGUGUCUAACAAGUACCUCGGUGCCUUAGCGGUUAAGCUGGGCCUUCACACGCACUUGAAACAUUUUAGCAACCCUUUACAGUCACAAAUCACUCUUUAUGCGCAAGCAAUUCAGAUUGCGGAGAGUGAUAGCAAAGGUGCAGUAGAUUACUGGGUUGAUGCUAACGAUCCUCCGAAGUGCUUGCCGGAUAUGGUGGAGGCCUACUUGGGAGCCAUCUUCGUUGACUCGAGCUUUGACUUCGAGGUGAUUGAAGACUUCUUCCGUCGCUUUAUCCAGCCCUAUUUCGAGGACAUGGCCAUCUACGACACAUUUGCUAACAAGCAUCCAACCACGUUCCUCCAUAACCGACUCGGAAAUGAGUAUGGUUGUUUGAACUACUGCCUGAAAGCUGGAGAGCUGCCCGGCGCCGACGGGACUCAAGCAAGUGUGCUGGCAGCAGUCUUUGUGCAUGAUGUGGUCAUUGCCGAGGGUAUGUCGUCGUCUAGUCGCUACGCCAAAGUCAAGGCCAGCGAGAGGGCAUUGGCGGCUCUGGGGGGAAUGACGCGGUUGGAGUUCCGCAAGAAAUAUAAUUGCGAUUGUCGGGAGUCUAGACUGGGCGUGCAGAUCCGUGAUAUGGAGGUUGCCAGUGCGGAGGUCUCAAACGGGGCCCCGCCAUCGGCGCAGACGACAGCUUUGGUGGAUCCAAGUGCUGUCAUUCAGUAUUUGAUCGGUGUGUUGGAGGUGACUCUCGGCGCUCUGAGAACCGAGCUGGAAAGCACCGGCAGCUUGCUAUCCGAGGCCAAAUACAAUGAGACUGUGCAGCGCUGCACCCGGUUUGCCUCAGAGUCGCAGGUCGCUCUCUAUGUGCAGAAGGACCUGGUGGCCGCUGGAGAGGCCAACGGGGCCGACGUUGACGAGGACACCAUGCUGCUUUUGCGAUCAAUUCCAGCUAAUCCAUUAUCUUCAAAUUGCGCAGAAUCGUCAAGCCAGUACGUGUACAGCCUCGCCGCAGAAAUCUCGUCCGCCCCGACAACCGUCGCCUCCGUCGCCUUCAUCAAGCGGCCCUCGGCCAUCGAUCCCUCGCUCCCCAUCUCGUCGCAGAUCCAGGUGCUCAACCUUCCGGGUGUCGCUUCCUUGAGUACCGAUCCGACUCAGCAGAGCAACGCCCUUUCACCCUACGAGAUCCUACACCUGCUGCUUCGCCACGCGCUCAGCCCUUACUUCGAAGCUCAUAGCCGCACCCAGGACGUCGCUAGUGGAGCAAAGCCCCGGACGGAUACGGAGGUGAAGACUGGGGUCCCUGGCACCAAGAAGAAAUUCGCGGAGCUGGAACUCGCGUUUCAGCAUUUACAGCAGAAUGUCGAGAUCCCCGCCUUGAAUCUGCCGCUUCAUGAGGUGGUCCAGGGGGCGCUGCUCGAGGCAGAAAAGCGCGGAGUCAGGCCGUCGGUGGAGCUGAUCAGCCCGACGAUACUGGAGAGCAGCGCUUUCAUCAACAGUAUCCAGAACAACGUCAACGGCUGGAUUCGGUCGAUUCAGACCAUCACCAAGAUGUCUCGUGAUGCCGAUAGCGGGUCCGCAGCUCAAGAGAUCAGCUUCUGGCUGUCAAUGGAAACUGCUCUCGAAGGUAUCGAAGCUCAACUGCGCGGCGACGGCGUUCAGUUGACGAUGGACAUCUUGCGCCAUGCGAAACGUUAUCAAGCGACUCUCAGCUUCGUCGCGGACACGGGCUUGCGCGAGGCAACCGAUUUGGUUCAGAAAUACAACCAGCUUAUGCGGGACUUUCCCCUGGAUGAGUUGCUGUCUGCAACCACGUUGCAGAAAGUCCAGGAAUCCCUGAACUUGAUCUUCAACCAUCUGAACAAGAAGUUGAAGAUCUGCCCCUAUCCCAUUAAGCGCGCACUUUCCUUGGUGGAAGCUAUCUCUGGAGACCUUGACAACGUGAUCCAUUCCCUUCUACACGGCCCUACUAUCCUCCAUCUCGAUUACCGUGAGUUCCGAUCGUUGAUGAAGACAGCCGGCGCCAUCUGGCGAACCUGGGAUGAAAAUUUGAAAGAGUUCACCAAUGUCGCUCGUGAGUCUACUCGACGCCGCAAUGAGAAGUUCAUUCCGAUCAAGAUCGCCGCGCGCCACGAGAAGACCCAAGAACGAUUGAAGUAUAUUAAUACCUUCAGAGUCAAUCAUGAGCAGCUUCAACGUACAAUCGUGAACGUCCUCGGUCCAAAGACAACUUCUGCUGGGGAUGCGGUUGCCGGAGCUGGUUCUGAUGGAGCCGUCAUUGUCGAGGAGAUUGGCGACGUUGACGCUGUUGAAGAAGUCGCUCAAGCUUACGCAGCCCUGAAGAAUGUUGACGUGUUGGAUGUCUCUCCUUCUGGCACCCAGCAGUGGAUUAAAGAAGAGAUCGCUUACAAUGAGCGUACGUCCCGUGUCGAGAACUCUAUCAUAGCCCGUCUUCGAGACCGUCUGGCAACUGCAAAGAACGCCAAUGAGAUGUUCCGUGUCUUCUCCAAAUUUAAUGCUCUUCUCGUCCGCCCUAAAAUCCGGGGUGCUAUCGGCGAGUACCAGACUCAACUCAUUGAAAACGUCAAGCAAGAUAUCUCAUCCUUGCAUGAGCGUUUCAAGCAACAAUAUGGUCACUCAGAAGCACAUGCAAUGGCGCAAUUGCGCGAUAUGCCCCCUGUUGCCGGUGCCAUUGUUUGGGCGCGGCAGAUUGAGCGUCAAUUAGACGGAUACAUGCGCAAAGUUGAGAACGUGCUUGGAGAAGAUUGGCACCUUCAUUCUGAGGGGCAGAAGCUCCAGGCUGAGAGUAAUCUGUUCCGCAAGAAACUGGAUACGCGCCCGGUCUUUGAGUCUUGGCUCCACGAUGUACAACGGCGGCACAUCACCAUUUCCGGCCGCCUGUUCAACAUUGUGCGCAACCGUGCUGCUGGAAACACGCUGGAACUUACUGUCAAUUUUGAUGCCCAGAUCAUUGCCUUGUUUAAGGAAGUAAGAAACCUUAUCUGGCUUAAUUUCCAAGUUCCCCAUGCGGUCAGCAACAUUUCCAAAGAAGCCAAGCGCGUCUACCCAUAUGCCAUCAGCCUGAUGGAGAGUGUCCGCACCCUGCUACAAACAAAUCGCUCGAUUAUGACCAUGACCGAUGUUGCAAUCCUGUUGAAUGGAUACGUGAACGACGCUCAAACCAUGAUCAUCAAGGGUGUUCCCCUACGAUGGGAAUCGUUUGUCCACUCAUAUGAGCUCCAUGUUAAACAGUCUGCGUUGGCUAACGGAGCCAUUGAGACGGCCAUCCCAACCAGGGGAGAAAGCAAGCAUGUUCAGUUCGUCCGUGAGUUCGCUGGAUCAGCAUCCGUACUUCAGUCCAAGACAGCGGUCCUGGCUUCGAUCAAUGAAAUUAUCCAGAAGGCAAUUCAUGAGCUGAAGACCUGCCCUUAUGAUGCUACUGCGUUUAGACAACGCCUAGAUGCUAUUCAGGUCGCAGUCGACAAGCUGAACUUAGAGAACUAUGUGAACCUGGGAUACUGGGUCGCCAACCUGAACCACAAGAUUGAAUUGAUUCUGCGCGAGCGCCUUCAUCGCGCCAUACGCGAAUGGAUUCUCUCUUUCCAGGACGCAACGGACAGUCAUCACACCAUGCAAAUCUCCAGUAGAGUACAGACCGGUGAGAACGAAGCUUCUUUGUACAGCAUCGAGUUCCCCGGCCUCGUACACGAGAUCUCCAUGCGCAACCAGGUUCUCCACCUUGACCCACCUCUGCAGUAUGCCCGCGCCAGCUGGUUCGCUCAUUUUGACAACUGGCUUGGUGUCAUCUGCAAUCUUGAGAAGAUUAAGUCGUCUAGAUACCAGAUUUCAAUCGAUGUGCAGAAGAUUCAGCUCUCUGAGGCAUGCUUCGCUACUCUUCCCCAACACUGCACCAAUGAAUUGAACCAGGUCUACAAUGCUAUUGAGUCGAGACUGAAGGAUGUUUCGGCGUACGUGGAAAAAUGGCUGCAAUUCCAGUCCCUCUGGGACUUGCAGUCAGAACAAGUCUAUGACAUCCUUGGUGAUGACCUGUCUCAAUGGUUGCAACUCCUCCAAGAGAUUCGAAAGAGCCGUGCUACCUUCGAUACCUCGGAAGUGAGCCGGUCAUUUGGCAACAUUAAGAUUGACUACGAACAAGUCCAGACGCGAGUGAAUUCCAAGUAUGAUCAAUGGCAGCAUGAGAUCCUGCUCAAGUUUGGAUCUAAGCUUGGAGGCCGAAUGAGGGAGAUUCAUUCUGAGAUCGCUGCUGCUCGCAGGGACCUGGAAGGACAAACUUUGGAGGCAGCCUCUACGGCCCACGCUGUCUCUUUCAUUACAAUUGUUCAGCAGUGCAAGCGCAAAGCCAAGGUUUGGGAACCAGAGGUCGAUCUUUUCCGUCAAGGCCAAGCUACACUUGCUCGUCAGCGCUAUCAGUUCCCCAGCGAUUGGCUUCACGUUGAAAACGUUGAUGGCGAAUGGGCAGCCUUGAACGAGCUCCUUGCGCGGAAGAGCAAGAUCGUCCAGGACCAAACCGAAGGACUGCGUGCGAAGAUUGCGGCCGAAGACAAGGUCAUUGGCGACAAGAUCACGGAAGUCAUCAGCCAGUGGAACGAAGAGAAGCCCGUGUCCGGUACAAUUCCGCCCGAAGAAGCGUCUCGCACACUGAGCUCGUUCCAGUCUCGUCUGGAGUCUCUGCAGUCCGAGUAUGAGAUGGUUUCGAAAGCGAAGGAGGCUCUCGACCUUCCAGCGGGCGUAGAGUCUGCGUUACCCGCCAUUUUGGAAGAGGUGCAAGAUUUCAUGUCUGUCUGGGCAGCUCUGUCGACCAUCUGGAAGAGCCUUAACGACCUGAGGGACAUGCUCUGGACUAGUGUUCAACCGAGAAAACUUCGUCAAUCCAUUGAUGGAUUGAUCAAGAUGACAAAGGAGAUGCCUAGUCGCAUGCGCCAAUACGCAGCCUUCGAACACAUCCAGAAUGUGCUUCGCCAGCUUCUCAAAGUGAACCCCUUGCUCUCGGACAUGAAAUCUGAGGCCGUUCGCGAGAGACAUUGGCACAAGAUCUACAAGGCAUUGAAACCCGGCAAGAGGUUCUCACUCGUUUCCCUGACCCUCGGAGAUGUUUGGGAUCUUCAGCUUGCGGUUAGCGAGACAAUAAUCCGUAAUAUCAUUGCCCAAGCACAGGGUGAGAUGGCCCUCGAAGAGUUCCUGAAGUCGGUCCGUGAAACAUGGCAGAACUACUCCCUCGACCUUGUCAACUAUCAGAACAAAUGCCGUCUCAUUCGUGGCUUCGACGACUUGUUUGCCAAAUGUAGCGAGAAUUUGAACUCUCUCCAGGCAAUGAAGCAUUCUCCUUACUACAAGGAAUUUGAGGAGGAAGCUUCCUCUUGGGAGGACAAGCUUAACAGAGUUCAUGUUCUUUUUGACGUCUGGAUUGAUGUUCAGAGACAGUGGGUUUACCUUGAAGGAGUUUUUACUGGUAAUGCAGAUAUCAAGCACCUGCUGCCACUUGAAUCUAGUCGCUUCCAGAACAUCAACUCUGAAUUCUUCGCCGUCAUGAAGAAGGUCUACAAGUCGCCCUUCGUGCUGGAUGUACUCGCUAUCAAUGGAGUACAAAAGUCUCUCGAGCGUUUGGCCGAGCUGCUGAACAAGAUCCAAAAGGCUCUGGGAGAGUAUCUCGAGCGGGAGCGUGUGUCCUUUCCUCGUUUCUACUUCGUUGGUGAUGAGGAUCUGCUUGAGAUCAUUGGUAACUCCAACGACGUUUUCCGCGUCGCAAAACACUUCAAGAAGAUGUUCGCUGGUCUCUCGGGUGUUCUGAUGGACGAUGAUAACAACAUCAUUGGCUUUACCUCCAAGGAAGGUGAGGAGGUUCGACUCAAGAAGGAGAUCAACCUGGUCAAGACGCCUCGGAUCAACGACUGGCUCAGUGCUAUUGAGAGCAACAUGAAGCUGACCCUUGCCGAGCUUCUGGCGGAAGCGGUGGAACAAUUUGAACCGCUCUACAAUGCCCCAGAAGUUGAUCACACUGCCUUUAAUGAUUUCCUGGCCAACUAUCCCGCACAAAUCGUGGUUCUUGCCAGUCAGGUUGUGUGGACCGGUGCUGUUCAGAGAUCCUUGGAGAGCGGCGGAAGCAAUCUUCCCGCAUUGUUUGAGUCUCAAGUCCGAGUAUUGGAGCUGUUGGCCGCCACGGUCCUUGGCGAGUUGGAUGGAAUCACCAGAAAGAAGUGUGAGCACAUGAUCACGGAAUUCGUCCACCAGCGAGAUGUCAUCUCUAAACUCAUCUCCAUGAAUGCUUCCACACCGACUCACUACUUGUGGCUCCUUCAGAUGCGCUACGUCUACCAUCCUGAAGGAGACUUCCUCCAGAGAUUGUAUGUUCACAUGGCUAAUGCUAAGCUGAACUAUGGUUUCGAAUAUCUGGGUGUUCCUGAACGGCUUGUUCGCACUCCUCUUACCGAUCGUUGUUUCCUCACCCUCACCCAGGCUCUGUGUCAAAGACUGGGAGGUUCUCCUUAUGGUCCCGCCGGUACCGGAAAGACUGAGUCAGUUAAAGCACUUGGCCUCCAGCUCGGAAGAUUCACUCUCGUUUUCUGCUGUGACGACACUUUCGAUUUCCAGGCCAUGGGCCGCAUCUUCCUGGGUAUCUGUCAGGUCGGUGCCUGGGGUUGUUUUGACGAGUUCAACCGUCUCGAAGAGAGAAUCCUGUCGGCCGUGUCUCAGCAGAUUCAGAAUAUCCAGAUCGGUCUUCGGACAGGUGAAGAUGACGAAAAGGCCCAAAUAGAGCUGGUCGGUAGACGUCUCUCCGUCAACCCCAACACUGGUAUCUUCAUCACCAUGAACCCUGGAUAUGCGGGACGUUCCAACCUCCCAGACAACUUGAAGAAACUCUUCCGGAGCGUGGCUAUGUCCAAGCCAGACAAGGAAUUGAUCACGGAGGUGAUGCUUUUCUCUCAGGGCUUCAAGCAAGCCAAGCGUCUGUCGAAACAGACCGUUCCCUUCUUCGACCACUGUUCCUCGCAGUUGUCCAAGCAGGCUCACUACGAUUUCGGUCUUCGUGCCCUCAAGAGUGUCUUGGUCAGUUCAGGAGGUCUCAAGCGUACCAGAAUAGCCAACUCGGGUGGUGAUCUGGGACCUGAUGAGAUCAUUGAGCCGCAGAUCAUUGUCCAGAGUCUGCGCGAAACGAUUGCCCCGAAGCUGGUUCGUGAGGAUGUCGAUAGAAUGCUGGAUAUCCAAAGGCAAGACUUCGCAGGAGUCGAAUACGUGCCUGCCAACUAUGAAAAGCUCACUGCAGCCGUUCGUGAAAUCGCCAACGAGCAACACUAUGUCGACAGCGAGAUGUGGAUUACAAAGGCCCUGCAGCUCUUCCAGAUCCAGAGUAUUCAUCACGGUGUGAUGAUGGUGGGUAAGUCGGGGUCCGGUAAAUCUGCUGCAUGGAAGAUUCUGCUGCAGGCUCUUCAGCGCAUCGAAAAUGUCGAGAGCGUUUCUCACAUUAUUGACUCCAAGGUCAUGUCCAAGGAGGCACUAUAUGGUAGCUUGGAUCCGACGACUAGAGAAUGGACCGACGGUCUCUUCACUGGUAUCCUCAGAAAGAUCGUAGACAACCUUCGAGGUGAAGACGCGAAGCGUCACUGGAUUGUUUUCGAUGGUGAUGUCGAUCCGGAAUGGGUAGAGAACUUGAACAGUGUCUUGGAUGACAACAAGCUCCUGACACUUCCGAACGGAGAGCGUCUCAACCUGCCACCCAACGUUCGUAUCAUGUUUGAAGUCGAAAGCUUGAAGUACGCGACUCUGGCGACGGUCAGUCGUUGCGGUAUGGUCUGGUUCAACGACGACACGGUUACUCCUUCCAUGAUGAUCUCGAACUAUGUCGAGUCGCUCAGGACCCGAACCUUCGAGGAUCUGGACGAUGACAGUGCUCCCGCGGGCCAAGCUGCCAUCAAAACUCAGGAUGCCCAGGAGAUGCUUUCCAAUAUUCUCAAACAUCUGCUGCAGACUGAUGAGCUUGUCUUGAAGUCUCUCGACGAAGCUAAGAACUACAAUCACAUCAUGGAGUUUACCAGUAUCCGUGCACUGAACACUCUGUUUAGUCUUCUCAACAAGGCCUGUCGCAACAUUCUCGAGUACAAUAUCCAACACGUUGAUUUCCCCUUGGACUCUGAGCAGAUCGAAGCCUACAUUUCGAAGAAGCUUCUCCUUGCCCUUGUGUGGUCUUUCACAGGUGACUGCCCCCUGGCAGACCGCAAAGCCUUUGGUCAAUUUGUGUCUGCGUUGACGACAACUGAUCUUCCACCUGAUGGAACGUCGUCUAUCAUCGACUUUGAUAUUACUCUGCCCAAGGCUGAGUGGACAAGCUGGCAAUCACAAGUGCCCUCCGUGGAGAUCAACACGCAUUCCAUCACUCAAACUGAUGUGGUCAUUCCUACUGUGGAUACUGUUCGCCAUGAAGACGUUCUGUACUCCUGGCUCGCGGAGCACAAGCCUUUGUUGCUGUGUGGUCCUCCAGGUUCUGGUAAAACCAUGACACUGUUCGCUGCCCUUCGAAAGCUGCCGAAUAUGGAGGUUGUCGGCCUCAACUUCUCUAGCGCCACUACUCCUGAUCUCUUGAUCAAGACCUUUGAGCAGUACUGUGAGUAUAAGAAGACUCUUAACGGUGUUGUCAUGUCUCCAAACCAGAUUGGCCGCUGGCUGGUCAUCUUCUGUGAUGAGAUCAACUUGCCUGCUCCCGACAGAUAUGGAACCCAGCGGGCAAUCUCCUUCCUUCGCCAGCUUGUGGAGCAAAAUGGCUUCUGGAGGACCUCAGACAAAACAUGGGUCACUCUCGAUCGCAUUCAGUUUGUCGGCGCUUGUAACCCUCCCACCGAUGCAGGACGUACCCCCAUGGCCGAACGUUUCUUGCGUCACGCUCCUCUUAUCAUGGUCGAUUACCCGGGAGAGAUCUCCCUCAUGCAGAUUUAUGGAACCUUCAACUCUGCAAUCCUCAAGAUUCUUCCUUUGUUGCGCGGAUACUCCGAAUCACUCACAAAGGCCAUGGUUCGAUUCUACCUGGAGUCGCAGACCAGGUUCACGCCUCAAAUCCAACCCCACUACGUUUACUCGCCGCGUGAACUUACCAGAUGGGUUCGUGGUGUUUACGAAGCUAUUAAACCGCUUGAAACACUUUCUGUCGAGGGUCUCGUUCGGAUUUGGGCGCACGAAGCAUUGCGUCUCUUCCAGGAUCGACUUACUACCGAGGAAGAACGAAGCUGGACUGCGGACGCUGUGCGCCGUAUUGCGCUUGACAACUUCCCCACAAUCGACGAAGAGCAAGCAUUGAAGGGCCCGAUCUUGUUCUCCAACUGGCUCUCCAAGAACUAUGUUCCAGUUGAGCAGGAGCGCCUACGUGACUUUGUUAAGGCACGCCUCAAGACAUUCUGUGAGGAAGAAGUUGACGUGCCUCUCGUCCUGUUCAAUGAUGUCCUCGAGCAUGCCUUGCGCAUUGACCGCGUAUUUCGUCAGCCUCAGGGCCAUCUCAUUCUUAUCGGUGUCAGCGGCAGUGGUAAGACCACGCUGUCUCGUUUUGUAGCCUGGAUGAAUGGUCUGAAGGUAUUCCAAAUCAAGGUGCAUGGAAAGUACUCUUCCGAAGAUUUCGACGAUGACCUUCGGACUGUUCUUCGCCGCGCAGGUUGCAGGGGUGAAAAAAUCUGUUUCAUCAUGGACGAAGCAAACGUCCUCGACUCGGGAUUCCUUGAACGUAUGAACACUCUUCUUGCCAAUGCCGAGGUUCCGGGUCUGUUUGAAGGUGAUGAAUUCUCCUCCCUGAUGACAGCUUGCAAGGAGGGCGCACAGCGUCAAGGUCUCCUGCUCGACAGCCAGGAAGAAUUGUACAAGUGGUUCACGCAGCAAAUCGUCAAGAACCUUCACGUCGUGUUUACCAUGAAUCCGCCAGAGGAAGGGUUGUCAUCCAAGGCUGCAACAAGUCCCGCGCUGUUCAACAGAUGCGUUCUCAACUGGAUGGGCGACUGGUCGGACCAGGCUCUCUUCCAAGUUGGUUCUGAGCUCACGCAGUCGGUCGACUUGGACAAGCCCAACUUUGUUGCCCCUGAUAGCAUCCCUGUUGCUUAUCGCGAGCUCAGCCUACCUGCAUCUCAUCGGGAUGCUGUUGUCAACUCUAUGGUGUACAUUCACUACUCGCUACAAAGAUUCAACCAGCGCCUGCAGAAGCAACAAGACCGGACCACGUAUCUGACUCCUCGCCACUACCUCGACUUCGUCGCCCAAUAUGUCAAGCUUUUCAAUGAGAAGCGAGAGGACCUCGAGGAGCAGCAAAGACAUUUGAACGUGGGUCUUGAGAAGUUGCGCGAUACGGUCGACAAGGUUCGCGAUCUUCGAGCCAGUCUUGCGCAGAAGAAGACGCAGCUAGAGAAGAAAGAUACGGAAGCCAAUGAAAAGCUGCAGCGUAUGGUUGCCGAUCAACGAGAGGCCGAGCAGCGUAAGACUGUCUCUCUCGAAGUACAAGCAGCCUUGGAGAAGCAGGAGAAGGAGGUUGCACUCCGGAAAGAGGUCGUUCUGAACGACCUUGCUCGAGCCGAGCCGGCCGUCUUGGAGGCUCAGAAGAGUGUCAGCAAUAUCAAGCGUCAGCAUUUGACCGAAGUCCGGUCCAUGGGCAAUCCCCCUGCCAGUGUUCGGCUUGCUCUGGAAGCUGUCUGCGCUCUACUGGGCCAUCGGCCCGAUAGCUGGAAGACCAUUCAGGGAAUCAUCCGCAAAGAUGAUUUUAUCGCAAGCAUCGUGAACUACGACAAUGAGAAGCAGAUGACGAAGCAACUCAGGGUGAAGAUGCAAGCUGAAUUCCUUUCCAAAGAGGACUUCACCUACGAGAGAGUGAACCGCGCCAGUAAGGCCUGUGGUCCUUUGGUGCAAUGGGUCGAAGCACAAGUCAAUUAUUCCGAGAUCUUGGACCGUGUUGGACCCCUCCGUGAGGAAGUCGACCAGCUGGAGGAACAAGCUCUUCAGACCAAAGCUGAGGCCCAGACCAUCGACAAGACUAUCAGAGACCUUGAGAGCAGUAUCGCCACCUACAAGGAGGAAUACGCAGCACUCAUCUCCGAGACUCAGGCUAUCAAGGCAGAAAUGGAAAGAGUACAAUUCAAGGUCGACCGCAGUGUCCGUUUGCUGGACAGUCUCUCGUCGGAACGCAUUAGAUGGGAGGAGGGAAGCAAAUCGUUCGAGACGCAGAUCAGCACGCUGGUUGGUGAUGUGCUCAUCGCAGCAGCCUUCCUUGCCUAUGCUGGUUUCUACGAUCAACAGUUCCGCAAAGCCAUGAUCGACGAAUGGGUCAAUCAGCUGCAGCAGUCAGGUAUUGGCUUCAAGCCACACAACCCCAUCACCGAGUACCUGUCGAACGCCGAUGAGCGCCUCACUUGGCAAGAUCACUCGUUGCCCGUUGAUGACCUUUGCACGGAGAACGCCAUCAUCCUCAAGCGCUACAACAGAUAUCCCCUCAUCAUUGACCCGUCUGGUCGUGUUACGGAGUUCCUGGAGAAGGAAAGCACGGAUAGAAAACUUACCGUUACGAGCUUCUUGGACGACUCCUUUGUCAAGCAAUUGGAAAGUGCUCUGCGUUUCGGCAAUCCCAUUCUCAUUCAGGAUGCCGAGCAUCUGGACCCCAUUCUGAACCAUGUUCUCAAUAAGGAGUACCAGAAGACUGGUGGUCGUGUGCUUAUCCAACUUGGCAAGCAAGAGAUUGAUUUCUCUCCUUCGUUCAAAUUAUUUCUCUCCACAAGAGAUCCGUCUGCCUCGUUCCCUCCGGAUGUUUGCAGUCGAACAACCUUUGUCAAUUUUACUGUCACGCAGAGCAGCUUGCAGACGCAGUCUCUGAACGAGGUCCUGAAGUUUGAGCGCCCCGACGUCGAUGCCCGGCGUACCGAUCUGGUCAAAUUGCAGGGAGAAUUCAAGAUCCAUCUUCGUCAACUCGAAAAGCGACUUCUUCAAGCGCUGAACGAGUCUCGCGGCAAUAUCUUGGACGAUGACAAUGUCAUCGAAACGCUCGAGACAUUGAAGAAGGAGGCGGCUGAGAUUUCGAAGAAGAUGCUGGAGACCGAAGGCGUCAUGACGGAAGUCGAGAACAUCACCCUCAACUACAGCAUCAUUGCUCGCUCUUGCAGUGCUGUUUUUGCCGUCCUGGAGCAGCUUCACCAUAUCAACCAUUUCUACCAGUUUUCUCUGCAGUUCUUUGUUGAUAUUUUCAACUCCGUCUUGUACCAGAACAAGCGUCUUGCUCAGGAGAAGGACCAUGCUGCGCGAGUUCAGAUCAUCCUUCGGGACCUGUUCGUUACGACCUAUCAGCGUACCUCGCUUGGGUUGAUCCAGAAAGACCGGAUCACACUCGCUAUGCUCCUUGCUCAGGCUGCGCCCUACCCGAUGGACAAGAGUCUGAUCGAUAUGAUCCUUGAUGAGUCAAUGGAGGGCGUGGAUCUGUCUACAGCGACUGAGCGCAAGGCUGAAGUGCUCAACAAGAUCUCCAACAUGUCAAUCUUCAAGUCAACCUUCCCCGGCAUUUCUCCUGAGCAGUGGGACCAGUUCCUCGGCGAGGAGCUGGCGGAGAACUUCAUCCCUGCUGUGUGGGAUGACAACAUGCAGAACCUGGACAAGCUGCUUCGGUCACUGUUGCUGGUGAAGCUAUGCCGCAUGGACAGAUUUGUUCCCACUGCGGAGCGCUUCAUUGAGGCAGUCUUUGGUCGGGAACUAUUCGAGGGAAGCACGGAUCUGAAGGACAUUGUCGAGCAGGUCAACGCCACCACGCCAAUUUCCCUGAGCUCGAGCCCUGGCUUCGACGCGAGCUACAAGGUCGACGCCCUUGUCGAGCGGAUGGACGCUACCUGUGCAAACAUUGCCAUGGGAUCGAACGAAGGUCUGCAGAGUGCCGACAAAGCGAUCAGCAACGCCGCGGCGGCCGGCACCUGGGUCCAAGUCAAGAACGUCCACCUGGCGCCGUCCUGGCUGCAGAGCCUGGAGAAACGCCUGGAGUCGCUCAAGCCGCACAGGGAUUUCCGACUCUUCCUGUCGAUGGAAUCCAGUCCCAAGAUCCCGGUCAAUCUGCUGCGUGCCUCGCGCGUUCUCAUGUACGAGCAGCCCGCCGGUGUCCGGGCCAACAUGAAGGAUUCUCUGUCCUCGUUGUCUACCCGCGCCUCCAAGGCGCCCGUCGAGAAGGCCCGUGUCUACCUGCUCCUGUGCUUCUUGCAUGCCGUCGUGCAAGAACGACUUCGCUAUGCUCCGAACUUGGGAUGGAAGGGAUUCUGGGAGUUUAACGACAGCGAUUACGAAUGCUCCGCGCACAUCAUCGACUACUGGGUCGACACCGUGGCCCAGGGCCGCUCUAACGUCGCCCCGCAGAAGCUCCCCUGGGAGAUGAUCCGCACCCUGGUGACGGAGACGUACGGCGGCAAGGUCGACGACCAAGGGGACUUCGCGCAGCUGGAGUCGCUGGUGACUAACCUCCUCACCCCGGCCGCCUUCGAGGACGAGCACAAGAUCGUUUCGGGAGUUGGCGACAGCCCCAGCGACAGUUUGACGUUGCCCGGCGGCACCAGCAUCCGCGACUUCGUCGACUGGGUCAACAAGCUCCCCGAGCGCGAGCCGCCGACCUACCUGGGUCUGCCGGCGAACGCGGAGAAGCUGCUGCUGGUGGGCCACGGCCGCAAGAUGAUCUCCGAUCUGGCUAAGGUGACGACUUUGUUGGAUGAGGGGGAGCAGUUGAUGAUUGAGUCUGCUUAGUUGGUCUGUGUUUGGUGGGACUCAUCCUACAAUUUGUGACGAAUGGGGAGCGGGAGAUUCGAUUGUGUAUGUUUGACUUACUCUGCUCUGUGAGGGAGUAGUCUGGUCUCUUCUUUUCUUGUCUUCUUACUUUACUUGUUUAGUGGACUGGGUACUUUAGAGGAGGGGGGUAAAUAGAUCGGUAUUCGAGGUGGUUGAUUGUAUUCUAGACGUGUACGGAAUAUUAUAUUGUAUGUUUAGGAAAGGGGCGGUCUAGAUGAACGUGGAAUGGACGG